AUGACGACCAUCAUCAACCUGAACUACAGUUGGUCCGAUCUGGAGUACACCCCACCGGUGGGGACGGCUGCGCGACCGCUCUCCUCAUCUCCCUUCUCCUACCCGCGCCCCAACAAGCGGGACAAUCGUCGCAAGGGCGGCAAGGGCAUCUUCGUGCUGGCCGACGAGCUUUUCCUCUACACCUUCUCCUUUCUCGACCCCAUCGAACUCAUCACCACGAGCCUCGUCUGCCAGGAAUUCAAACGGCUCAUCAACGACGAUAGCUUGUGGCGAAGUCUGUACCACACGUAUUGGAAGCGGGACUAUGCCCACCGACGCUCUUGGCGCGAGGCCGUCAAGCAGGGAAUGUUGUCGGAGGAGAACUGGACGACGGGGAACAAUCAGAAGCUGGUGCUGAAGGGCGCCCACACGGGUCCCAUCACGUGCAUCCAGCUCAACGGGGACACGGUGGUGAGCGGCGGGGCCGACGCCGCGCUGCAGGUGUGGAACCGGCAGGACGGCUCCAAGCGCGUGCAGCUGCGCGGACACACGGCCGAGGUCCAGACCCUCGAGCUGCGCGGCAACCGCGCCGUCAGCGGCUCCGCCGACUCCACCAUUCGGAUAUGGAGCGUAUAUUCGAAGGACUGCCUCAAGGUCCUCUCCGGCCACCAGAAGGCCAUCGAGUGCACCAAUGUAGACGAUGCAUACAUUGUGAGCGGCUCGGCCGACUCCACGGUGAGGCUCUGGGAUAUGAACACGGGCCAGCUCAUGCGAACGUGGCGGGAACACACCGAGGCCAUCACGCGAGUCGCCAUCCGCGACGGCGGCCGCACCCUUGUCUCCGCCGCCGUCGAUGGGGACGUGAAGCUGUGGGACAGCCUGUCGGGGAACAGCAUCCAGACGCUCAAGCACCCGUCGGCGGUGCGGGACUACAACGUGGUGUCGGCGGCCAAGGACGUCAUCUACAUCUGGGACAUGCGCAUGGGCCGAUGGCACAAGCUCAAGAGCCAUACCCGGCCCGUCCUCUGCAUGCACUACUACGAAGACAACCGGCUGGUGAGCGGGUCGCUGGACACGACGAUUCGUGUGUGGGACCUCAGUCGCGGUAGCGAAGAGGAGAUCGGCACCUUCAAAGGGCACACCCAAGGAGUCAAGUGCAUACAGUGCGAUGGUCGGCGGGUGGUGAGCGGGUCCAACGACCACACGAUUCGGGUGUUCGAUCUCGAGGAGGGGCGCUGCCUGUACGCCUUCCUCUUCUCCGAUUGGGUCAACUGCCUGGCCUUUGACGAGUCCACCCUCGCCGGCGGCUCCUCCGACUCAACCCUCUCCCUCUUCUCCUACUACCUCCACCCGCGGUCUUGA